AUGGGUCAGCCGGGCUUGCUGGCGGUGCGGCACUCCGGCGGCCGGCCGGACGGCGCUUGGAGCUCGCUCGGGAGGAGCUGCUGGAAGAGGCUCGGCCUCGAGGCGGCGGCGCUGGAUCCGGGCCUGCUCUCCUCACCCGUGAGGCUUCGCUCGGUUACGCUUUCCCCUGUUGGGAUCGAAGCCGGAACCCGGUCAAACCCCGGGGUUUUGCCCCGACCGGGAUUAAAUCCUUGUGAACCAGUUAACUGUCUUCGGUUAAAUUCGACCGGGGUUACAUCCCGUCCAAAAUCGUUGUGUUUCAGCGGGGAAUCAACCCCCACCUCUCCACCCGUAGAAUCAACCCCCGCCUCUCCUCCCAAAAAAAGAAGGCGCCUCCUCCUCUCGCGAACCCUAGGCGACAACGACGACGGCGAAGGUGCCGGCCGCGGGGACAGAGGGCACAACAUCGGCGGGAACAAAGAAGCGCCAGCCUUCCACGAGCGUCCUUCCUUCGUCCUCCACGAAUCUAUCAGAGAUCCGUGCAGAGGAGUGCUCCCCUUUGAUCGAGAAGGGGAGAGGAUGAGAACAGAAGGAGGGGAGGAUACGGGCAUAUGGCUGAAGCGAGGAGGUGAGGGCAGGAGCUCGACCUGGGAGGAGCUGGACUUGCAAGGCCAAGGCCCACACGGAGGAAUGAAGAGUUCAUGUGUAGUGGCCAUGUUUGUGGAGGAAUUCAUGACCAACAUCACCAGCACUGAAUGGACACUUUCCAUCUGGCCUAUCAAAUGUUUGGAUAGGAACCACUGUUGGACGCCGAUAGGACAGUCAUUGAGGCGAUGUGCUCUAACUUGACCCCAUGGUGUCGUGUCUGAUAUGUGAUCUGAUGACACCAUGAGCGAUUGCAAGAGGCAUGACUUGUUUGUUGUCGUUGUCGUGGCUGCUAGCAAAAGCACACAAUUAAAUAAUUCAGCAUUGACUCUUUCGUUGAUGAGUAGAAUCUGGUGUGAUUGCUAAACCGUAAAUCCAGCCUGUGUUUUUGCUUCAUGAAAACUGCUACUAUGUUGAGCUAGAUCGGGCCAUUUUCAGUGGCAAAGUGUUAGCUGAUAGUGUGUUAGCUAGCUUCCUGUUUUUAGGGACAAGUGUUGUAGAUGGAAGGGUAUAACUGAAUAGAAUAUAAGACAAAGGGAUUGUGGGGA